AUAAUAAACCGGUCAACAAGGACCAAAACAACAACAUUCGACAUUCAAGGCAAAGAAAUUUGUUCUCAAAAUAGAUUCAAGUUUGAAAUUAUCAUAUUGUUAAAUAUAUCAUGAAAGCAAUAAUUCAACGAGUAACAACAGCCAAAGUAACUGUUGGUGAAGAACUAGUCAGCUCAAUCGGAAAGGGUCUUUGCGUGUUGGUUGGAAUCUCAAGCGACGACAAUGCCAACGAUGUCGACUGGCUAGCGAAAAAACUGCUCAACAUCCGCCUAUUCGAGGACCCCGCCGGAAAAAGGUGGUCCCAGAGUGUGCUCGAUCAACAGCUGGAAAUCCUCUGCGUUAGCCAGUUCACCCUGUACAACAAGAUGAAGGGUAACAAGCCGGAUUUCAGCAGGGCGAUGCAGGGACCGGAUGCCCAAAGUUUAUAUCAAACACUGCUCCAGAAAUUGGGGUCCCAGUAUCGUCCGGAUAUGAUUAAGGACGGUCGGUUUGGCGCGAUGAUGCAGGUUCACAUCCAAAACGAUGGUCCGGUUACUAUUGAGCUGGAGUCACCGGUUCAGAGCCAGCAGGAUCUGGAUAAACUGAAGCGGGCCAACGAACAUAAGGCGAAAAGUAAACAGGGACAGGGAGAAAGCCCCUUAAGUUAGGCUGUGACUUAGUUUUUGGAUUUCGGAUGAACAAAAACCCCUGAGCCGGAACGCUUAUUAAAUUAAAAUUUAUUAUUACAAAUGAAAAAAAAGAAGUGUUUGUUUUGUUUUCUGAUCGAGUACAUUUAUAGUAUAGUAAGAAAUAUGGUUUGAUAUUUGAUCAUUCCAACUCUUGUUUUGUAUGAUUACUGUUGUUUUUUUUUUGUUCACUCUCUCGCACGUUCGAAAUGCGACUUAUGUUUUUGCUACAUUUGACAAGAUUCGGGUAGGAAGAAAAAGGUUCACAAGGGCUUGAUUUGUUUUCCGGGAGGGGAGACAGGGCAAGGAAAAGAUUGUUUUAUCCACUUGUUAUUUUUUAAUUUUUUUUAAUAUUUAUUGUUUUUCAAAUAUGUAAUAUAUAUAUGCUUUAUGUAUAGAAUGUAUCGACAUCGCUUUACUCCUGUUCAGUUUAUAUUUUCAUAUUUCAACAGUAUGUAAAUUCUUACAUUUCUCUUCACGUUUUUUUGCCUUUUGGGGUUUUUUUCCUUUCCAACUAUUACCCUAGUGCACAGAAUUUGAUCCGUAAAAUCAUGCGUUUGAUUUUGUUUCCUUUUUUUUCUCGAUCCAAACUUUAGAGAAGUACUUUAAAUUUUGUUUAAUUUUUUUUUGUUUUUGAUGGCAUCACCUGCUUUUUCAUACACUUUCUAACUAGAUAAUUUUUCCUUCGUUUGAGGAUGGGGUUCUAAGAGGGUUUCCUAAGUCAUAUAUCUUUACUUUAUCUCUUCUUUCUAACGGGUGUGUCCUUCGUGAAGGUUACCACACCACAGUUUGAGGCCACGUUAACUCACAAUCUAAUUUCCUUGGAUUUUUUUCUCUUAAUUUCGUUCUAGCUUUGUUGUAGUACAAAAUAGCAUUGGUGAAAUAAAUAUAGAAAAGCUUUCAAACCAAACUUGUAAGUGGCACCCGGAAAUAAUAGCUGGAAGAAGAAAGUUCGUUCGUCUUCGAGUCAAUCGUGUUCAAAUUAUUACACACUAAUGGGUUUUUUUUUCUUCUUAAUUCUUGUCCUUCGGGGAAUAAACUGGAAAAAAUACAAAUAUACGAUAAUACGACAAAUGUAUAUGUAAUAUAAAUUCUAUGAUUACGAGAAAAGGGGACAAAAUAUGGGUUGUAAUUUUAUCGAACGUGUCGUUUGGUGAAACCUUCCUUGGGCUUAGUUUUUUUUUUCUUAAACUUGUUUUUUUUUGUUGUUAGCUUGUUUCGCGUAUGGAAAUAUUUCUGAUUAAUUUAACCAAAUCUAGAUCCUUUAUUCUUAGUGGCAGGAAGGCUAACGACACGCAGAAAAAAAUGACACCUAAAUUGAUAUUGAGGGGAAAAACUGUUCGAUUCGGUUGGCAAAAAAGGAAAAA